GUGGAGAGAGCGGCGCCGACUGUGGGCCUCUGGGGAUUUGGAGAGGGCGGGACCAGCCGCGUCUCAUGAAUAAUGCAGCGCGUCAGCAGGCGGCGGGGAGGGGCGUGGCUGGCGCGCCGGCGCUGGAGCCGGGAAGGGGGUGCGGGUGAGCGAUGGUCGCAAGAUGGCGGCACUGAAGGAGGCUCGGAGCUACGGGCUGUCGUGCGGGCGGGUGAGCGACGGCAGCAAGGUGUCGGUGUUCCACGUGAAGCUCACCGACAGUGCCCUGAGGGCUUUCGAGAGCUACCGCGCCAGCCAGGAUUCUGUUUCUCUGAGACUGUCAAUUCGAUUUCAAGGAAGUCAAGGGCACAUCUCCAUCCCUCAGCCUGACUGUCCCUCAGAGGCACGGAACUUCUCCUUCUACCUUUCAAACAUUGGCCGCGACAGCCCCCAGGGCAGCUUCGACUGCAUCCAGCAAUACGUCUCCAGCAAUGGGGACGUCCACCUGGACUGCCUGGGCAGCAUCCAGGACAAAAUCACAGUGUGUGCCACCGACGACUCCUAUCAGAAGGCACGGCAGAGCAUGGCUCAGGCUGAGGAGGAGACGCGGAGCCGCGGUGCCAUUGUCAUCAAGGCUGGAGGCCGCUACCUGGGCAAGAAGGUUCAGUUUCGGAAGCCGGCACCAGGGGCAACGGACGCUGCGCCCUCCCGGAAGCGGGCAACCCCCAUCAACCUGGCGAAUGCUAUCAAGAAGAGCGGUGUUGGCAGCGUUGGUGGGAGUGGUGGGGUGUCACAGAGGCCUUUCCGUGACCGCGUGCUGCACCUCCUGGCACUGAGGCCCUACCGCAAGGCCGAGCUGCUGCUGCGGCUACAGAAGGAUGGCCUGGCCCAGGCAGACAAGGAUGCUCUGGACGGCCUUCUCCAGCAGGUGGCCAACGUGAAUGCCAAGGACGGCACGUGCACACUCCAGGACUGCAUGUACAAAGGCGUGCAGAAGGACUGGCCCGGCUACUCAGAGGGGGACCAGCAGCUGCUGAAGCGGAUGCUUGUCCGCUGAUGCCUGACUUGGGAGC